GUAAUGACACAUUUUGAAAGCACAUGAACAACAUUGUAACCAAGUUGGAGCUGGAGCUGAAGUGAAACUGGAUACUUUUUUUUGCCUUCUUACUUCCUGUAGGAAAGUAGGUAAGAUUAUACUUUAUAAUGUAAGAACGACGUUAAUAAUGUAACAACAACAACAAAGUGAAGAGUUGUGGACAGAGAAGCGGCGGUGGAAUGAGAAGUUCUCGACGGUGACGGUGGAAUGUCGCAGAGCUCCGGAGCUCCGCAGUCGCUCCCGGGUCCGCCCUCCUCUUCCUCCUCCUUCUCCUCCAACUCCUCCUCCUCUUCCUCGUUGUGCUGCUCUCUGCCCGGGCUGGAGGCCCCAGCGGCGGGAUGCAGCACCGUCCUGAUGUCGGUCCGAGUGUCGGGGAGUCACUCCGGGCUCCGGCCGCUGUGUGCGCCGGGCUGCGGGGACCAGGCUCUGCGGCUCCAGCUCAGCAUGGACCCGGGGAAGGCGGGGGAAUUCCGACUGGCCCUGAGACACAGCAGCGGAACGAAUGCGUCCAUCGCUGAGUUUGAUCUCAGGACAGUGCGCUAUGAAGUCAAGACCCCACGGAGUCAUGAGCUGAUUUUGGUCGCACCCCCUCAUGACCGCAUCACCUUCAACUUCCGCAGCGAACAGGAAGCACAAGCCUGGGCCACAGUGGUGAUGUCAUCACUCCGCGAGGCCCAUCGAGUGGCCACUGGUUGUCCUGCCGAUGAUGGACAGCUGCUAGCCCAGCCGCUGGUUGUACAAAUGCCUGCCUUGCUGUCCAGCACCGAGGAGUUGUGUAUGGAGCUGGUUCGGGCGAUAGAGGCCGGUGAUGUUCAGGCUGCGUCUGUGUGUGCGGAGUCUCUGGCUCGUCAGCACACACCAUUGUGCAUUCAGCCAAAUCAGAAACACUACACCAACAAGGAGAUCAGUUUGUCAGUAGUGUUGGAGGACGCUUCGUCUUCCUGUUGUGUCACCGUUAAAGUCUUCCCCCACACCACGGUGGCUGCUCUUAAACAGCAGGUGUUUGUGCAGUACGGUUUCCAUCCACAUGUCCAGCGCUGGGUCAUCGGUCAGUGUCUGUGCACCGACUCUCGCUCUUUGGCGUCCUAUGGCGUGCAGCGGGACGGAGACAUCGCCUUCCUGUACUUGGUGUCCCGCCAGAAGCGACAGAACCAGGAGAACUUCCUGCUCGCUUCCACUUCCUCCUCUGGGGACGCACAGUCUGUUGGCAAUGGGCCGGAGGGACUGCUGAGAUCCUACAGCACACUGCCCACCAGACUGCACCCACACCAAAACAGCAGUGACAGUCGUAGUUUGGCCGAGACUAAGAGGCUUGGCUUGGUUGAAAUCCGUGACCUGAUAAACCUGGAGAUGUCGCAGCUGAAUGAAGCCCUCUUGCCCAGCAGAACUGACACACAGCUGGGCUGGGCGUGUCCGUCCUGUACAUACAUUAACAAGCCAACACGUCCCGGGUGUGAGAUGUGCAGCACGGACAGACCUGAGAGUUACACGGUGCCUGGAGGAUACAGACCUGACACACUGGAACUGCGACGCAUCCAACAGGAGAAAGAAGCCAUCAGACAGUACCAGCAGGCACAGGAAGCAGAGCGCAGGGAGAACUAUGCUCGGCUGGUGGAGGUGGACGGUCAGGAGCUGGUGCCAAAUGCAGAGAGCAUUGAAUGCAGGAUUUGUUACUUACAGCUUCAGUCAGGAGAGGGCGUCCUACUGCGUGAGUGUCUCCACUGCUUCUGCAGAGAAUGUUUGCGUUCAGUCAUCCUGCUUUCCGAGGAUCCUCAGGUGGCAUGUCCUUACAGAGAUGAGGCAUAUGCCUGUGACUGCACACUUCAGGAGAGAGAGAUCCGCGCUCUGGUUUCAGGUGAGGAGUAUGAGCGGUGGCUGCAGCGGGGGCUCUCAGUGGCCGAGUCACGCUGCGAGGGCAGUUAUCACUGCGCCACCACCGACUGUCCAGGCUGGUGUGUGUAUGAGGAUACAGUCAACACCUUCCAUUGCCCCGUCUGCAACAAGCACAACUGUCUUCUCUGCAAAGCAAUUCAUGAAGGGAUGAAUUGUAAACAAUACCAAGACGAUCUUGCUGCUCGUGCCAUCAAUGACAUUGCAGCCCGGAGAACAAGGGAUCUCCUGAAGACCCUGGUGAGGUCUGGUGAGGCAAUGCACUGUCCUCAGUGUGGAAUCAUCGUGCAGAAGAAGGAAGGGUGUGAUUGGCUGCGCUGCACUGUGUGUCAUACAGAGAUCUGCUGGGUCACCAGAGGGCCACGCUGGGGUCCUGGGGGUCCUGGAGACACGAGCGGAGGCUGUCGCUGUAAUGUGAAUAAACAGAGAUGCCACCCAAAAUGUCAGAAUUGCCACUGAGAGAGAGAAAGAGACAGACAGACCUAAAUGAAAACCAGUAACAGUGAAAAAGCCUACAAAUGAAAAAAAAAGACUGAAAGCAAAAACCAAAGCAGAAUGUGUUUAACUUAACAGAAUCAGGAUUAAGUUGAUAAUACUGGACAAAAUGCACUUUUUAUGUCUUACUCCCAGUUGUGAUAUUACACAGGUAAAAAUAUUAAUAUACACCAGUGCCUUAUUUUAACUGUUCCAUUAUAAACCUAGCUGUUUUUCACGGUGCUACAUUUUCACCUGGGUUUUUAUAGAUCCAGUGUAACUUGUGUGUUUAACUGUUUUUCUUAACAAAAAAAAUCCAAUAUUAUUUAAUACUGAGAUUUAAAAAACAUAAUCUAUUGUUCUUAUAAAGUUCUAACUGUAAAGACAAAGCAUGAAUUCAGGCAAAAUGGCCACAGCUACAGUGACAGUUUUACUCAACUGAAAUGACUGUUCAGUGCCUUAUGUUGGAGCAUUUGUCGAGAAUGAAAACAUUCUUUUAUGACCUUUAUAUAAUUUAUUGUACAUUUCAAGCUAUCACUGAAUUGAAAAUAAACAAUAAACAUAUCAACAUGAAGCAGCUGAUCAGGGAAUGAUGAUGAUGAUGAUUUCCUUUAUUGCUUUUCACUCAGGUUGAUUUUCUAUUUUAUUAUUUCUGAUAAACAAGAAAGCUUUGCUAAUGACCGCACUGUUGAAUUCUGGCUUCUGUUUGGUCAGAAGGUGUUGAGUUUUAUGCUUCUACAUUAUAUACUUUAUUUUAAGCUGUUCUACAACAGGAACCAAACAUCAAUGGCAUCCAGUGAUGUAUUGUACAGUGGGCCCCAAAAAGGUAUUUGGACACGUAAGUUACACUUACAAAUGUAUGAAUUUGAACUGCAGUAGAAAACAUUAAACCAAGUGUCAUUUACAAACCUCAUUUCCAGAAAAGUUGGGAUAUUUUCCAGAAUGCAAUAAAAGAAAAAUCUGUGA